AUGGGUUUGAUAGCCCUGCCUAUCCUGUACCCUUACGGAAACAUGCCCGCCAUCGAUGCUUGGUUCUUUGGUGCCAGUGCGUCCACCGAGUCCGGCUUGAACACUAUCGACGUCAAGGCUCUCAAGACAUACCAGCAGCUCUACAUUUACUUGAUUCCUAUCUUGACCAAUCUGAGCUUCAUAAAUAUCGUUGUAGUUAUCGUGCGCCUCUUUUGGUUCAAGAGGCAUCUGAAGCGUCUUGCUCCCCAAAUGCUCGACAACAGCACUGGCACAACCGAUGUCGACAUUGAGACUGCUCAUCAAGAGCCAAAGGUCCUUGCUGACACAACUGAAAACUCUGCCGAACCGACUGAUGGAACGAAUGGUAAGGCUAAAGCGACAGGGGACCCCAUCCAAGAGGAUCCGACAGUUGCAAAUGAAGACAGGCCAGUGACCCGUACCAUGACCAUCACCUUCGAUCCAUCCACCGAAAGACACAAGGAAGACGCUGCCCUUUACAUCCCUGGACCGCGAGCUCGCGAACGUGGGUAUCCAAUCGCUCCCAGAAACCAUGAAGCCGCGCGAAAUCCAGAAGACAGUGAUGAUGAUGAUGCAAUCAAACCUGUACCCAAUAGAAUUCAGACUGACGGAAGCUCAUCCAUGCGUCGUCGGCGACGCUUCAGCACCGACGAUGGCCUCAAAGUCACAGCUUCCCGCUCCAUGGACCGAGUCGCCGGCGUAGCAGCUUCUUUCCUAGUUCUGGGAUCACAGACAGCACCCCAGCCGUGCCCCGUCUCUUCGGACUCGAACCGACAGCCUGCCAUCAACGACGUCCCAUUCCUCUCACGCCAAGCUACCCUCGGACGGAACUCGCAGUUCAAGAACCUUACAUCACACGAUCGAGAGAUUCUCGGUGGUAUUGAGUAUAGGAGUCUGAAGCUGUUGCUGAAGAUCGUCGUGGUUUACUUCUUUGGUCUUCAUAUCUUUGGUGCGGUUUGUCUCGUCGGCUGGAUACAUACUGCUGAUAAGCAAUAUGCGGAUGUCCUACAGGCAAGUGCGCAGGAUAAGACUUGGUGGGGCAUCUACUCUGCUCAGACAAUGUAUGAUAACCUAGGUUUUACUCUCACACCGGACUCCAUGAUCUCUUUUCGCACUGCCAAGUGGCCCAUGAUCCUGAUGAGCUUCCUCGCAUUUGCUGGAAACACACUCUAUCCGGUCUUUUUGCGCCUGAGCAUUUGGAUCAUGUCAAAGCUGGUACCAAAGUCCUCCCCGACACAAGAGUCCCUCUCAUUCCUGCUCACUUAUCCUCGUCGGUGCUACACGUUGCUCUUCCCUAGCGGUCCGACGUGGAUCCUCUUCGGUAUCAUCUCCGCUCUCAACUUCCUCGACAUUCUUCUCAUAAUAGUUCUGGACCUUUCCAACCCUGAAGUUUCCUCACUUCCGCUUUCUCAGCGCAUCCCAGCCGCUAUCUUCCAGGCUGCAUCAGCGCGCCAUACUGGUACCGCUAGCUUCAAUCUUGCCAACGUCAGUCCCGCUGUGCAGCUCAGCUUACUGAUCAUGAUGUACAUUGCCGUUUUUCCCAUUGCGAUCAGUAUUCGCGCUUCAAAUGCUUAUGAGGAAAAGUCCCUUGGUCUGUGGGAAGAAGAGAAGUCCCUAGACGAGAAGCAUAGCAAGACUUAUCUCUUGACGCAUAUGAAGAACCAGCUUGGCUUCGACCUUUGGAUUGCAGAUGUCAAUGAUCCUGCUUUCUCGGUAUUUUCAGUCCUAUUCGAGGUUACCUCGGCAUACGGAAAUGUUGGGCUGAGUCUUGGGUACCCGACAGUGAGCACCUCACUAUGCGGCAUGUUUGGAACCUUUGGAAAAGCAGUCAUAUGUCUGAUGAUGAUUCGAGGACGUCACCGUGGAUUACCAUAUGCCCUCGACCGUGCCAUAAUGCUCCCCACUGGACAGGUUGCUGAGAACUGA